AUGGAUGGUUCUGGUAAAGCUGGCAAGUAUGGUGGCAAAGUCGGAGGCAAGGUUGGCGGGAAGUUGGGUGGAAAGGGCAAGGCGAGCUCGGGUAAGUCGAAGAAGGCCCCUACGACCCGAGCUGCCCGGGCUGGUCUGCAGUUUCCGGUGGGUCGUAUCCACAGGAUGCUGAAGCUGCGCGUGCCCGCUGACGGUCGUGUAGGGUCUACUGCGGCCGUGUACGCCGCGGCCAUUUUGGAGUAUCUGACAGCCGAGGUGCUCGAGCUGGCGGGCAAUGCUAGCAAGGAUCUCAAGCAGAAACGUAUCACACCCAGGCAUUUGCAACUCGCCAUUCGAGGAGACGAAGAGCUCGACCGACUGAUUAAAGCUACCAUUGCCGGAGGCGGCGUCAUUCCGAAGGUGCAAAAGAUUUCGGAACAAGUCGAGGAGGGGCUCGAGUCGCCGCUGAACACAUACAUGCCUGCACCGACCACCAACGACAUCACCAUUCCACCUGCCACUGUUGCACAGCCGCAACAACCCGGCAACAGUCUUAUCUAA